UGCUGUGAGUGUACUUACUGUGCUAAUUGUCGUGGUUGCUAUUUCUCUUGCAUGAUCUUGCUUAUACGAUUGGCAACCUAUGAAAAUUAUAGGGAGACAAUCAAAAUAGAGUGAGUGGUCAAGCUUUGGAGUUCAAACAGCUGAAUGUUCAUGCUUGGGAAGCAUUUGACAUGACGUUCAUAUGCAAGCUGAGUUGCUUUAUAAAAAUUUCAAGAUCAACAAGGAGAAGCUGAAGUCUGAUACUAAAGACAAAAUCAUGGAGGAGUAUGGUAAUGCUGCUGAUGAUGAAGUAAUUCCAUGAGAACUCUUACUUGGGCAGAGUGAACGAGAGGUUGAAUAUGAUCGUGCUGGUAGGAUCAUAAAAAGGCCAGGAGAUGGCUAAGUACGAAGAAGAUGUAUACAUAAACAACGACACUAGUGUUUGGGGUUCAUGGUGGAAAGAUCAUGAAUGGGGUUACAAAUGUUGCGACCAGACUGUAAGGAACAGCUAUUGUACUGGUGCUGCUGAAGCUUCAGCAGAGCUUAUGAAAGCUAAUAUAGCCCGGAAGGAGGCUAACUCUGACAUCAAUUACUGCAUAAGGUUAUUUGAAACUUGUCAUGAUCUCGUAUGGGGAUCGGAAGUACCUGACGAUCUGGUUGUGGACCAAAAACGACUUACCGAAGCACUUCAAAAGGAUGAAGAGUUGUCUGAAUUAAUUGAAGUUUAAAGAAACACGAAUCCAAACUUGGCUGAAAGAAUAGUUUAAGAGGUGCUAAAGGUGUGUUUA